UACACCGUCCGUCUCAGCGAGUAGUUCUCAGCUCUCCAAUAAAAAUUCGGCGGCAACUAAAACCGCUUCUCUUCUUCCCACCGGAAAAUCAUCUAAGCGCCGCCAUGGAAGACCACCAACUCACCGGCGACUUCCCCUUAUUCUCCGUCAAAAAAACACCCAAACAGCCCCUAACGACUCCCACUCCAACUCCACCAACCCAAACAUCCAAGCCCCAAUUCUUAAAAGAAACAUCCUCAACCCCUAAUCCCACUUCCUCAUUUUCCCAACUGGGCCUAUCCGAUUGGGCCCUCCAGACCUGCAAAGAGCUGGGCCUCAAAGCCCCCACUCCAGUCCAGCACAGCUGCAUUCCUCGUAUUAUUGCCGGGGAUGACGUGUUGGGAAUUGCCCAGACUGGGAGCGGCAAAACGGCGGCGUUUGCUCUGCCUAUGUUGCAUAAGUUGGCGGAGGAUCCGUAUGGGGUUUUCGGGUUGGUGAUGACUCCGACCCGGGAGCUGGCGUACCAGCUGGCCGAGCAGUUUCGGGCUCUCGGGUCGUGUUUGAAUUUGAGGUGUAUUGUUGUGGUUGGGGGCAUGGACUCGUUGACGCAGGCUCAUGCGUUGAUGCAGAGGCCACAUAUUGUUAUUGCUACUCCGGGGAGGAUCAAGGCUCUUAUUAAUGGCAAUCCCGAUAUUGCUUCCGUCUUUUCGAAAACUAAGUUUCUGGUUUUGGAUGAAGCCGACAGAGUUUUGGAACCAAGCUAUGAAGAUGAACUUAGAGUGAUCUUCCAGUGUUUGCCAAAGAGUAGACAGACUUUAUUAUUUUCGGCAACAAUGACAAGUGAUUUAGAAGCGUUGCUUGAGCUUUCACAAAAUAAGGUUUACUUUUUUGAAGCAUAUGAAGGUCUCGAGACUGUAGAAUCCCUCAGGCAGGAGUAUCUACUUAUACCCAAAAAUGUGAAGGAUGUCUAUCUGAUGCACAUUAUGUCCAAAAUGGAGGACAUGAAAAUUCGUUCUGCCAUAGUUUUUGUAUCAACCUGCAGAACUUGCCAUCUUCUAAGUUUAAUCCUGGAAGAGCUUGAUCUAGAAGUGGCAGCAUUACAUUCAUUCAAAUCUCAGUCUCUACGGCUUUCAGCAUUACAUCGGUUCAAAUCUGGGCAGGUUCCUGUAUUGCUUGCAACUGAUGUCGCCAGCCGUGGGUUAGAUAUUCCUACCGUUGAUUUGGUGAUCAAUUAUGAUAUUCCAAGAUACCCAAAGGAUUAUGUUCAUCGUGUUGGACGUACUGCUAGAGCAGGGAGAGGAGGUCUGGCGCUGAGUUUUGUUACGCAGAAUGAUGUAGAGCUUUUUCUACGGAUAGAAGCUGAAUUGAACAAGAAAUUAGAGAAGUUUGACUGCAAAGAAAACGAAGUUAUUGCUGAUAUUACCAAGGUUUAUCAGGCCAGACGUGUUGCAACAAUGAAGCUAGUGGAUGAUGGAUUUGAGGAUAAAGAAAAUGAGCGCAAAGCUCAAAAACAAAAGAUGCUUGAAGAGAAAGGACUAUUGAAGGGAAAGAACAAAAAGAGAAAAAAGGGAGGAAAAGGCGGACAUCAUUGAAUGCAGCUGUUGAGCAGCAUGAACCUGCAGAUACAUGUGUGGUCAUAAUCUGCACCCUUGGAGGCCAACUCCGGCAGUUUUGUAAUAUGUAACGUCUAUUUCACAGUAACAUUUCAUUGUUCACCAACAGGUGUAAAGAAACUGGCAGCUAAUAUAUUUUGAGUUCGUAACAUGUCUGUGAUUGUGAAGCUCCUUAUAGUAAAUUAAUGGCAUCUCUAUCUUUUAAGAGAAUUUGUACCCAAAAACACCAUGACAUGUAACAUUUUGGGAAGCAGGAUUCUUAGUGUUGGGCCCUCGAGGGGAUUAUGUUGCCGCUGCAACUUUUACUGUA